AUGGUUUUAAUAUUUUAUUAUAAACUAUUUCUUGAUAUUAUAAUAUUUAUUAUAUUAACCUUUUUUAUUACUAGAUUUAUUUUUAUACAAAUAAAACAUCCUUUAGCAAUAGGAUUAAUACUACUAAUUCAAACUUUUUUAACUUCUUCAUUAACUGGAUUAUAUGUAAAAACAUUUCGAUUUUCUUAUGUGUUAUUUUUAAUUUUUAUAGGAGGAAUAUUAAUUUUAUUUAUUUAUGUAACAUCUCUUUCAUCAAAUGAAAUAUUUUCAAUAUCAUUUAAGUUAUCAUUUAUAGUAAUUAUAAUAAUAAUAAUUUUUAUAAUCUUUUCUUUCUUAAUUGAUAAAUCGGUUAUUGAAAAUUUUAUUAAUAAUAAUGAAAUAAAUUUAUUUUUUAAUAACUCUUUAAUACCAGAAAACUUAAUUGAACUAAAUAAAAUAUAUAACUUUCCUACAAAUUUAAUUACUUUAAUAUUAAUUAAUUAUUUAUUUUUAACACUAUUAGUAGCAGUAAAAAUUACAAAAAAAAAUUAUGGGCCCUUACGUCCAAUAAAUUAA